AUGCUGCAAUGUCUCGGAGAAGACCCAACCCGUGAAGGCCUCGCCAAAACCCCCGAAAGAUACGCCAGGGCAAUUUUAUUCUUUACCAAGGGCUACACUGAGAAUCCCAAGGAUGUUGUUGGCAAUGCUAUCUUCACAGUCGAUAGCCGGGAGCUUGUGCUGGUCAAAGAUAUAGAGAUAUCUAGUCUCUGCGAGCAUCAUCUGAUGCCAUUUGUCGGAAAGAUCCACAUAGGUUAUAUUCCCGAUGGCCGUGUGCUUGGUCUCUCUAAGCUCGCUCGCUUGGCAGAAAUUUUUGCUCGGCGCUUACAACUCCAAGAGAGGCUCACGCAACAGAUUGCCAAUGCCAUUCAGCAGAUUCUUGAACCUCAGGGGGUUGGUGUGAUCAUGGAAGCAAGCCACAUGUGCAUGGUCACACGAGGCACUCAAAAAUACGCCGCCAUGACGACAACCUGCUGUAUGACCGGCGUAUUGCAACGUGACGGCAGGGCCAGGGAUAACUUCUACUUCCUUCUCAAUCGGCGAUAA